CACACCACAGCCCCCAGGAUGCCCAGCAGAACUGUCCGCUAUGCCCGCUAUAGCCCACGGCAGCGGCGCCGGCGGCUGCUGGCGGAACGCAGUGUGCGCUUCCCUAACGACGUCCUGUUUCUGGACCACAUCCGCCAGGGUGACCUGGAGCAGGUGGGACGCUUCAUCCGGGCUCGGAAAGUGGCCCUGGACACCAUCCACCCCUCAGGUGAGUGCCCGGGGGACCAGCAGAGGGUCUGUGGGGAGGCAGGCGGAGGGCUGGGCCUUGACCCGCCCUGCCCUGCCCUGCCCUGCCCAGGCCUGGCGGCCCUGCACGAAGCCGUGCUCUCUGGAAACCUGGAGUGUGUGAAGCUGCUGGUCAAAUACGGGGCCGACAUUCACCAGCGCGACGAGACGGGCUGGACGCCCCUGCACAUCGCCUGCAGUGACGGGUACCCUGACAUAGCCAGGUACCUCAUUUCCCUGGGGGCCGACAGAGACGCAGCCAACGAUGACGGUGAUCUGCCUUCCGACCUCAUUGAUCCGGAUUUCAAGGACCUGGUAGAGCUCUUCAAAGGGACUAGGAUGGACUGAGCCCCGCCCUGUCCUCCCAGGGCUGUCAUCCUCCCUGGAAAAACCGGGCGCCCACCUCUCCCAAGUGCCAGGACGUGCCCGCCCGCGGGGCGCUAGAGCCAGCCAGGCUGGCCAGGACCCCGUCCCUGGGAACGGACCCCGUCCCACACCUCUGGCCUGGCUUUUUCUCCAGGUGAAUUUUUUAUUGUGAACAGUUUUUACUUUUUCAAUAAAUGUGAUGCCCACGCCCGAGGUGGUUGCCUGAUUACUGGGGACCGGCCCACCCCAGCCCCCCGGAUCCG